CACCCCAGCCCCAACCCCCAUAUUAUCUUUAUUUUUGCUUAUAGAUUUUAGCUUAUCCUGCUUGGUGUAAGCUUCCUUUUUUCAGCUCUAUUUUAUCUUUCUUUGGAUCCCAAAACUGUAUUUUCUUUUCUUGUGGAGGAUAAAAUAUGCAUGUCAUUGGAGAGUAUGGGAUUCUUGCUAUGGCUUAUAAGUUAUUACAUUGUGGUAUUUGAUCCAUGCCUCAGUACAGUUUAGGCCACAAACCAGAGAUCUUGGUAUGGUAAUGAGAGAGGUAGAUGAAGAUCUAGCUAUUUUCUUGGGGAUGCGAAGUGCCGUGGAGAGAAAUGACCCUCCUGCCCCUGUCAAACCUGAUGAUGACUUUAACAAAUCAAAAGAUUCGAAGCCAAAACCCAAUUGCUUGUUGCCCGUGAACGCUACUCGAGAACAUAGUGUCCCGAUUGCAGCUGAAAAACAUGAUUAUAAUCGGCAACCCGAUUCUUCUUCACUCGAUCCGGUAGAGGCAAACGAAACUCCCAAGGAAUCCAAUCCCCCGAGCGAACAAAACCGGCCAUCACCAACGAACACAACUCCAUCCUUCGGGCCCAACAAAAGGCCUUUAUCAUCAUCAUCAUCAUUAUCCGGGCCCCACCACAAACCCUCUCCAAGACCCUCGACUCCCACCUCUCGACCAACAAAACCGAGGCCCUCACGAGGACCCACAUUGCCUUCUUUUCCCUCCAAACCAAGCUCACGCUCUUCCACUCCUAAUCCCUCGAGGCCCACUCGCGGCAAACCGGUCCCCGCAAGGCCCGCUUCUGCAUCCAGAGGAAGGGUGAGUAGGCCCGAAGAGAAGCCCAACAAACGGCAACAAAAAUCUUGCUCGCCUCCGAAAAUGCGGGCCCCGGCCCAAAUCGCGGGCCGUCAGAGGGCUCGUGUGGGAAAUAACGACGGAAAUGAAGUGAACCCAGUUUUGAUGGGCGCGAAGAUGGUGGAUAGGGUCGUGAACAUGAGGAAGUUGGCCCCACCUAAGCAAGACGGGAGCUUUUCUCGAGAUAAUUAUGGUUCGAGGAAAUCGGGUUUGGAGAAUUCGGGUUUCGGGAGGUCGCUGUCGAAGAAGUCGUUGGACAUGGCCAUACGGCAUAUGAUGUACUUGUGCACUUUGUGUAGUUUGUUUAUGAUGAGACUGCGUAUAAGUUAUAGUUUAUGCAGAAUUGGAGUGGUUUGA